CGUUGUCGUCAUCCCCCUGCGCCUCCCCCCCGGUAGUGACAACAUGGAUGCCCGUAGUAGACCGGCGUGCUAGCGGCGACUCGCAGCGAGAGCGAAGGAGACGUCGCCUGGACGUUGACUGGACGUUCAUCGGUGCUUGGACGCUGGCUGGACGUUGAUCGCUGCUUGGACGUCGGCUGGACGUUGCAUGAACGUUGGCUGAACGUUGGCUGAACGUUGCAUGAACGUUGGCUGAACGUUGAUCGGUGCUUGGACGUCGCCUGGACGUCGUCUGGACGUUUCCCGGACGUUGAUCGGUGCUUGGACGUUGGCUGGACGUUGCCUGGACGUUGCUUUGACGUUGCCUUUGAAGUUUCCCGGACAUUCCUUUGACCUUUCCUGGACGUCGCUUUUGACGUUGCGGGGACAUUCCUCCGACGUUGCUUGAACGUUGCUUUUUGACUUUCCUUUGACGUCGUUGGCUUUGACGCUACUCGCCCGAACGUCUCAUUGAACAUUCGAACGUCAACCCGAACGUCUCUUUGAACUUUCGAACGUCAACCCGAACGUCAUCCCGAACGUCAACACGAAAGUCGCCCGAACGUCUCCUUGAACUUUCGAACGUCAACCCGAACGUCAACCCGAACGUCGCCCGAACGUCGCCUUGAACAUUCGAACGUCAACCCGAACGUCGCCUGGACGUUGUAGCCGCGUCGCAUGCGACCAUGCGGUGGUCCGGCAGCCACUCGGCCCCUCACCUCCUCCUCCACCUCUUCCUCGUGCUCCUCCUCGUCGCAUUCGCUACAGCGGUGCCGCAGGAGGCGAGGAACGAAGUUAAGGAUGGGCCAGCCGCAGCCUCGUCACCGGGCCACAGGCUGCACAACAAUGGGGCGCCGCUAGACGGCGCCGCCCAGCCGGAUGCGUUGGUCGGGGCAGGGGCUGCACCGGCGGAAGAGGCGAAGGAGCAUGAGCCGCUGUCCGCCGUAUCCCGAGUCGAUGCCGGCGGCGACGUGGGCUUCCUGCACGCCGUGGUCGCUUCGCUCUCGGUGAUCGUCGUGUCGGAGCUGGGGGACAAGACCUUCUUCAUCGCCGCCAUCAUGGCCAUGCGCUACAACCGGAUGACGGUGUUCGCCGGGGCCAUGGCCGCGCUGGCUUUCAUGCACUGCCUCUCUGUACUAUUUGGCUUUGCUACCACGGUCGUGCCGCGUGUCUACACCUACUACAUCUCUACCGCCCUCUUCGCCCUCUUCGGCGUGAGGAUGAUCCGUGACGGACUGCGCAUGGGGCCUGACGAGGGCCAGGAGGAGCUGGAGGAGGUGCAGGCCCAGAUCAAGCGGAGGGACAAAGAGAUGGAGGGUGACGUUGAGAGUGGGACUCUGUCUCCGCCCGCGAGCUCCGGCUCGAGAAGGUGGUGGUGGUUCGGUGGUGGCUGUGGUGGUGGCGGUGGUGGCCAGCUUUGCCGGCUGUACCGGGCGACCCUGCCAGCCGUCCCGCCUGUGCUGCUGCAGGCGCUGACUCUGACUCUGGUGGCCGAGUGGGGAGACCGCUCGCAGUUGGCGACCAUCGUCCUGGCCUCACGGGAGAACCCACUGGGUGUGGCUCUGGGAGGCUGUGUGGGGCAUGGGUUGUGCACGGGCCUGGCGGUGAUAGGAGGGAGAAUGAUCGCACAGCGGAUAUCCGUGCGCACCGUGACGCUGGUAGGGGGCGUGGUCUUCCUCCUCUUCGCUGUCUCCUCCCUCUUCAUCAGCCCGGAGACCGCCUCCUGAGCCCUGCACCGGGCUCCUUGCAACGCUCACCCCUCGCUCACCCACCGCUCGCUCACCCGCUCACUCGCUCACCCGCUCACUCGCUCACCCACUCACUCGCUCACCCACUCACUCAGCCGCUCAUUCACUCAUCCGCUCGCUC